GUUUUAGUGCGCGACACGGACAAUUUUACUUUGCUCUUUAAUAAACUAUUUCAGUAGAAAUGAGCACUUCGAAGCCUUCUACAGAUUCAUUUUCAGACGACAUCAUGGUUAGAUGUCGAAAGUGCCUGUCGACUGAUGGCGCGUUGGAGCCGGUCACUUUCGACGAAAGGGGCAAAUAUCUUUCACAACAAGUAUUUUCCUGUACAAAUGUUCAGCUGAAACUAUUGCCAAAUAUUCCAACAUAUUUGUGUUCGGCCUGCAAAGCGCAAUUAAAUUUUCUGGAUAAGUUGCGCUCGAUAUGGAUUUCAAACAAUGCAAAAAUCAAACUGGUUAAGGAAGAAGUGGACACCACCCAUUUGACCGGUUCUGAAACAACUGUAGAGCAUUCUGGCGGUGGGAUGCAACAAUCCGACGCCGUUGAAUCGGUCGUCAAAACAGAGGUUGCCACCGAAGAUUCUGAAGAUUAUUAUCAUCACGACGAUUUAUUUGAGGCCGAGGAAGUAUCGCUGGAAACACUUUUGAAACGUGAACCAAUGGAGAACCAGCAGCAGCCUCAAUUAUCGCAUGCAGAUCAGAUUCAAGAAGAAGGUUCCCUGGUAAGGAACACCACCACGGGUCUUGACGACCAAUCACCAAUUUCAGGUCACAACAAUUUGGGUAUCAAGCAUGCCGCCGAAGGCACUGCCGUCGGCAUUCCGCCGAAGAAAAAUUCCCGACACACUGGUAAUCAACCUAUCUCUGUAGUCGGGGAGCAGCGACUGUUAAGGUCGAAUAAGCGACGAAGUUCCCAGAAGGAUAUCGUCGCUGCAGAGUGCUCAAUGUCUACAAUGCAAAGCCCACAAGUUACUCACUGA